AUGACUGAUUUCAAAAGAUUGGAAAAUGAGCCCCUGAUUGGAAUUACUGGAUCACUCUGGACGGACAAUAUAAAGCUCUGGAACGCGGUUAUUUUCGGCGUAGAAGACACUCGUUUCAAGGAUGACAUCUUUAAAUUAACCUUUGAAUUUGCAGAGAAAUAUCUGCAUAAGCCACCAAUCUUCUACACUUAUACAAUGCAGCAAGAUAUUCCAAAGAAAAUGACGAUAGCUGGCCUGAAUCCUGACAUAACUGAGGCGGUGGUUUUCCAAGAGCUGAAAGCCAAACAAAUUAAGGUAAACCAGGUGGUUCAAAUAAAGAAGAAAGAGUCGGACGGCAGUCAACGCAAACUUCCAAUAUAA